AUGCCGCAUCGCACGUCCUUUCCCAACGACGUGACGGUCUCUGGGAGCACCGUCUCGAUGUCUACCCUCGCGCAUUUCCUGAGACCUACUUUCUCAGCUCGUAGAGCAUAUUCGGUUUUCUCCAAACCAGGUGGCGGUCGAUACUUUAACUCAGCCAAACCACCGAAGGUUACACCAUCAACGACCAAGGGCAAAGUUGACUCGUCCUCUCCGAGUGGCGAGGCGUCUGUGUCUAGUGCUUCCAAGGACCAGUCUUCACCUCAGUCAAAUACGUCUUUGACGUCCGAGGGAACCCCUUUGGUUGAGGAUGCCGUGUCGAGUCCAACGCCCUCAUCCCUCAACCACCCAUCCAUCAAUCCACAUGAUCUCAAACUUCACCAGUUCUUCUCUUUGCACCGACCUCUUCUCCUGAUCUCCCAGCCACCAUCUUCAAUUUUUGAAUCAUCUCCGAUGCCCUUCGCCAUUCCAUGCAAGCGCCCGCAGGAGGUGUCAAGCCUGGAUAUUUUCACCGAACCGCCUGAGGCAUCCCCGGAAGAGGAUGCGGACGCUGCGCGCCAGUUGUCGAGGGCACUUGUGAUGAACAGAGUGACGCCAUCGGUGUCUUGGGAGGACGCGCUGCAGCGACUCGGGCUGAAUGUGAGGGAGGGUAGAGCGGAGGAGGUCAAGAUGGCACAGGCCGAGUUCGAUGUAUGGAUGGAUAGUACGAAGAGGAAGCGCCGAAAGAAGAUGAAGAAGCAUAAGCUGAAAAAGCGCAGACGACUCAAUCGCUCACAGAUUCGGAAGAUGGCGCGGUGA